UCUUGAUGAGGAGGAGAGGAUUCAAUUUCCAGGGCUGAAUAUCUUCCCUCGUUCCCCAUGCACGUGAGCGCAGGUACACACAUGCAGAGCAGGUGGAUUUCCCCCCCUGCAUCUGGAGCCAUGGGUAGCAAGAAACUGAGACGAGCGGGUUUAUCACAAGAGCUGUGUGACCGUCUGAACAGACAUCAGAUCGUUACCUGUAAGGACUUUUUAUGUCUUUCCCCACUGGAGCUUAUGAAGAUCACUGGCCUUAGUUAUCGAGGCGUCCAUGAACUUCUAUGUGUGGUGAGCAGGGCCUGUGCCCCACAGAUGCAAACGGCUUAUGAGAUAAAGGCACAGAGGUCUGCUGCUCUUGCGCCAACAUUCUUACCUACAACCCUUUCUGCGUUGGAUGAAGCCCUGCAUGGUGGUGUAGCUUGCGGAUCCCUCACAGAGAUUACAGGCCCACCAGGUUGUGGAAAAACUCAGUUUUGUAUAAUGAUGAGUGUUUUGGCCACCUUACCCACCAGCAUGGGAGGAUUGGGAGGAGCUGUUGUGUACAUUGACACAGAAUCAGCAUUUAGUGCUGAAAGACUGGUUGAGAUAGCAGAAUCUCGUUUCCCUGGAUAUUUUAACACUGAAGAAAAAUUACUUUUGACAAGCAGUAAAGUUCAUCUUUAUCGGGAACUUAGCUGUGAUGAGGUUCUACAAAGGAUUGAAUCCAUAGAAGAAGAAAUUAUUUCAAAAGGAGUUAAACUUGUGAUUAUUGACUCUGUUGCUUCUGUGGUAAGAAAGGAGUUUGAUGCACAACUUCAGGGCAACAUGAGAGAAAGGAACAAGUUCUUGGCGAGAGAAGCAGCCUCCUUGAAAUAUCUGGCUGAGGAAUUUUCAAUCCCAGUUAUCUUGACGAAUCAAAUUACAACCCAUCUGAGCGGAGCCCUAGCUUCUCAGGCAGACCUGGUGUCUCCAGCUGAUGAUUUGUCCCUGUCUGAAGGGGCUUCCGGAUCCAGCUGUGUCACAGCUGCACUGGGCAACACCUGGAGCCACAGUGUGAAUACACGGCUGAUAUUCCAAAGCCUCGCUUCAGAGAGAAGACAGGCUGUUACUGAUGUAAUGAAUUGGAGCAUUCUGAGAUUCUUGUGAGGACAAGCAUCACCCAGCUGGAGAAUUCAGUUACUGAUUUCUUCAAACAGGCUAUGACUGUCACGUUGCUUUGUUGCCCACAUUUCAUAGCAACUUUCAGAAGGGACUCUGUUGGGGGAUGAAGGUCAUUGUCCAAAAGAAGUGGAAGUGAAGGAGCUAUGCUUGGGAACCUUUUCAGAUCCUUUCGUAUUGGACCAAUAAGUAGAAAGUAAUCAUCAUUUCUAGUCUAUGGGAGCAAAACCCCAGAAGUUGCUAAGAGACUCUUACGUGCUCCAUCACUACAGGGAACAGAUAAAACUCUACCCUUUGGAGAAUGACUCUGAAUCCAAUCCCAUAUUGAUUUACUUGGACCCUCUCUAGGAAGUUCCCAAAUUCUUUAACAUAGUAACCACUAACUAGGAUACUCUUAUGAUUACUUGAUGACACACAGAACUUUAUAGACCUUGGGGUCAGGUACAUGUUUUAUAUUAGAAGGGUAGGAUUUUAAUGAAAA